AUGAAGGGCAAGAAGACCGGGGGCAAGCCAAAAUCGGGCGGCGGCGACGAUGACGGCCGCGGCCACGGCGGCGCUGGCGGCGCCAAGCCCAAGUCCACGGUGCUGACGGGCACCCCGGGAGAGGGCGGCGAGACGGUGGACUUCGGCUUCGAGCGCACCGAGGCGCUGACGGGCCGGCGUCGCAAGGCGGAGAAGGCGAAGAGCAAGGGCGGCGGGUUCGAGUCGAUGGAUAUCCUGCCCGAGGUGUUUCGGGCGAUCAAGCGCAAGGGCUAUCGCAUACCCACCCCCAUCCAGCGAAAGGCGAUUCCGGUCGCGCUCUCGGGCGCCGACGUGGUGGCCAUGGCCAGGACGGGCUCCGGUAAGACCGCCGCGUUCCUCAUCCCGGUGCUGCACAAGCUCCGUCAGCACUCGCUCAAGGCGGGCGCGCGCGCGGUGGUCCUCUCCCCGACCCGCGAGCUCGCGCUGCAGACCUACAAGUUUGCGCAGGAGCUCUCCAAGUUUACCGAUCUCCGGUGCGUGUGCGUCGUGGGCGGAGACUCCAUGGAGGCGCAGUUCGACGAUCUCGCGUCGAACCCCGACCUCUUGGUCGCCACGCCCGGUCGUUUACUCCACCACGUCGAGGAGAUCAGCGGGUUCUCCAUACGCAGCGUUUCGCACGUGGUGCUGGACGAGGCGGACCGGCUCCUGGAGAUGGGCUUCGCCGACCAGCUCAGGGACAUCAUGAAGCAAGUCGCGGACCAGCGGCAGUGCCUGCUCUUCUCCGCGACGAUGCCCUCGGCGCUGGCCGAGUUCGUCAGGGUGGGUUUGAAGGACCCGCAGGUCAUCAGGCUCGACGCGGAGAUGAAGGUAUCGCCCGACCUGAAGCUCUCCUUCACGGUGAUGCGACAGGAUGAGAAGAUCCCCUCGCUCCUGUUCUUCCUGAGGGAGGUCGUGCCCGAGAACCAGCAGACGGUGGUGUUCACGGCGACGAGGCACCACGUCGAGCUGCUGGUGACCGUGCUCGAGUCCGAGGGCAUAACCGUCUCGGCCGUGUACGGCUCGAUGGACAUGGCCGCGCGUAAGCUCCACAUCGGCAAGUUCCGAAACAGGAAGACCAGCGUGAUGGUGGUCACAGACGUAGCCGCGCGAGGCAUCGACAUCCCGCUGCUCGACAACGUCGUCAACUUCGACUUCCCGCCAAGGCCGAAGCUGUUCGUACACCGCGUCGGUCGCGUCGCGCGCGCGGGCAGGACGGGCGUCGCGCACUCGCUGCUCGUGAAGGAGGAGAUGGGGUUCCUGGUGGACCUACACCUCUUCCUCGGCCGGUCGCUCGUCGCCGCGCCCGUCAAACCGCCCGAGAGCAGAGACGAGGCGAGACAAAUCGCGGACGAGGCGGACGAGGCGCAGCGAAGCGUGGUCGGGAUCAUACCCCCGACGUCGCUGGACCUCGUGCAGGACAGAGUGCGGGAGCUGUUUGACGCCAGGACGGAACUGGACGGCUUGCGAAGAGCCUGCGAUAACGCGUAUAAGCUGUACCAGCGCACGCGCGGAAGCGCCGCGAACGAGAGCGUCGCGAGGGGCGCCGAGCUC